GCAAAGCCGUGCAACCUAAACAAUCUGAAACCAGACAGCGUACACACAUUAUAUUACACAACAUUUAUAGAUCAGAGAUAACUGAGAUUAUAUGUGAUAAUGAGGACUGAGACUAUGGAAAUGGACAGAGGAGAACGAGUGGAGAUGAUGGUGGCUAUCUAUGACAGUGCAGAUACUGUGAGACAUCAUGAUCUCAGGACUCACGCAGAGAGACGACAACCACUUCAACACACAGGAAGUGUCUCAGUGAAGAACAGAAAGCACAGAGCAGCUGAAGUGUGUUUGUGUCUGCUGUGUUUUCUUCUGCUGAUUGCUGUAAUAGUGCUGUGUGUGUGUUUCACCUCCGAGAGAAAGCAGUUAUUAACUCACAUCAGUAACCUGACUGAAGAAAGAGAGAAGACACUUACCAAACAUGAGCAGCAAGAGGAUCCCUUCAAAUGGAUUUACUACAACUUCAGUUUUUAUUAUAUUUCAUCUGAGAAGAAGAGCUGGAGUGACAGCAGCAGAGACUGUCAACAGAAAGGAGCAGAUCUGGUGAUCAUAAACAGUUCAAAGGAACAAGAUUUUGUACAAAAGAUUGCCGUUUCUGAUCAUUUUUGGAUUGGUUUGGGAAAGAUGGAGGGAGAAUGGAAAUGGAUUGGUGGCACCAUAAUGGCAAAUGGGUACUGGAGUUCUCAGUAUCUGCAUUCAUAUGGUUCAUACUGUGCUCUGAUUACUUCAUCAGGUUGGAUAGAUGAUAAAUGUGAUUAUAAUAAAAAAUGGAUCUGCAAGAGAAGAAUUUUAACAUAG